CGUGGAGAGAAAAUUAUUUGUGUAGCACCACCUGAGAGGGGAGUCGCCUUAUGUGAUAAACCCGUCAUUCACAAGCCAAUUAUAUGCGAAUUUGACGCGUUUUCUUUUGUGCGAGUCAUCCCUCCAGAUUGCUAGACGGAAUGCCCAUGUGUCCGUGUCCAGAUGCUGACAGACUUGGGUGGGGCAGUUUUGGAUGACACGCAGUGAAAUAACAGAAGAUAUUCUCAGGAUAUCGCUAUCUACUCGACCUAGGGAUUCAGAAAGCAAUGACCAAGCCCGACUCGAAAAGGAGCGGCAUGGCUCUUGUCACUGGCAGACCUGCCAAUGCUGCGGAGGAGCAGGUCAAUAAUGGCUCAUCCGACCCUUCAGUGUCCGGUGCGCCCCACCAUGCAGUGACCCUGGCGACUCCAACCAAACCCAAAUCUGCUAAACAAGUCUCCCGAGACAACCUUUCUAGACGAAACACGGAGUCUGAAGUAUUCGACGACGGAACCAACACCUUUUUCUGGAGAGCACAUACAGUCACUGUGCUUUUCAUUCUCACCUGCGUGUUGGUCUAUGUCACUCUGUUGGAGGAGACACCCCAGGAUACAACGUACAACACUAAAAGAGGGAUUGUGGCCAGCAUCCUAGUGUUCCUCUGCUUUGGAGUGACACAAGCCAAAGAUGGCCCAUUCACCAGACCACAUCCAGCAUACUGGCGCUUCUGGCUAUGUGUCUCUGUUGUCUACGAGUUAUUCCUUAUAUUUGUGCUGUUCCAGACGGUCCAUGACGGCAGACAGUUUAUGAAGUACAUUGACCCCAAACUGGGGGUAGCCUUGCCGGAGAGGGACUAUGGCGGCAACUGCCUCAUAUACGACCCGGGGAACACCACCGACCCCUGGCAUAACAUCUGGGACAAGAUGGAUGGCUUUGUCCCCGCUCACUUUCUUGGCUGGUAUAUUAAGACACUUGUGAUCAGAGACUGGUGGAUGUGUAUGAUCAUCAGUGUGAUGUUCGAGUUCCUGGAGUACAGCCUGGAGCACCAGCUCCCCAACUUCUCUGAGUGCUGGUGGGACCAUUGGAUAAUGGAUGUGCUGGUGUGUAAUGGCCUGGGGAUCUACGCUGGGAUGAAGACCUUAGGCUGGCUGUCUAUGAAGCCCUACCAGUGGCAGGGACUGUGGAACAUCCCCACAUACAAGGGGAAGAUCAAGCGCAUGGCCUUCCAGUUCACACCCUACAGCUGGGUCAAGUUUGAGUGGAAGCCUGCCUCCAACCUACGCAGGUGGCUGGCUGUCCUGGGCAUCAUCUUCAUGUUCCUGCUGGCGGAGCUGAACACCUUCUACCUGAAGUUUGUGCUGUGGAUGCCCCCGGAGCACUACCUGGUGUUGCUUCGCCUCGUCUUCUUCGUCAACGUGGGCGGCGUGGCCAUGAGGGAGAUAUACGACUUCAUGGACGACCCGAAGUUCUAUAGGAAGCUGGGGCAGCAGGCGUGGCUUGUGGCGGCCAUCACCGUGACCGAGUUCCUCAUCGUGGUCAAAUACGACCCCAGGACCAUCAUGCUGCCCAUCCCCUUCUUCGUCACCCAGUGCUGGUUCCUGGGCAUCGUCCUCAUCCUCACCUGGACAUUGUGGCGCUUCUUCAUCCGUGACAUCACUCUCCGCUACAAAGAUGCUCGCAGACGGAAGCAGGAGGUUACAGGGGACAGCGACCGUCCCCAUGGCAACGGUGGCACGGCAACCCCGUCGGGACGCAGCAAACUCAACGGCAUCUCCGAGUCACUCCGACACAGGAAGUCCUGAGAGGCGGGGCCUGCCGUUGCACCGCUGGUAGGGGGUGGGGAAAAGGACAAAGAGAAGAGCCUCAAAAAUCCCUAUCACCUUACACACGCAGGUCACCUGCAAGUGUAGAGGUGUGAGGAGGUGUGUGUGUAUGUAUGUCUGUCUGUCUGUCUGGGGGAAGGGGGAUGUUGUUCUUGUGCCUACCUGAACAGAGUCAUAGUCGUUGUUUCCUAUGCUGGCUUUUCACUGUUAUCACUAAUCACAGAACAAAACACCGGACAGGGACUUUGGGUUGGGGUGUCAGCUAGCUAUCUCAUACUACAGGGAUUUACCUCAUUUACGUUUAUUGUGUAAUCGUGCUGGGAACUUUACGGGGGUGAUUUAUUAUUCUGUUAUGUGUUGAAAUGUAAUUGGGUCAACAAAAUUGCGCUAAACUGGGAUCACAAAGGGUAUUGGGUUGGGACAGAUCAUAGAUUUGUUUUCACCAUGGCAGAAUUAUGUUAACUUACAUGUAAUCAUGUAAUGUAAUCAGGAUGAAGCAAGGAUUGAGAGGGAGAGGAACUGAACCCCCAAGGGGCCAGCAGCCAUACCUACAAGCUAAGUAACAGCCAAAGCUUUGAACUCAUCCCUGCUCAAGCCAUACUCUGCUAAACCAGGCUUUCCCAAAGUCGGUCCUGGGGUGCCCCAGGAGGCACGUUUCGGUUUUUGACCUAGCACUACACAGCUGAUUCAAAUAACCAACUAAUCAUCAAGCUUUGAUUAUUUGAAUCAGCUGUGUAGUGCUAGGGCAAAAAACUAAAUGUGGACCCAGGUGGCGCACCAGGAUCGAGUUUGGGAAACCCUGACUAAACCGCUUGGGCUGUGCCGCUCAGAACCUGCGCUAGGGAAAUUAAGUUUACAAAGUCCCAAUGCCGUAGAGGUGCAAUAUCAUCAUUAGAUCCUAGCAACGUGGUAAUGAUGGCUGUAACAUAACCAAAUUGGACUCCAAGCUGGAGAGGAGGGAUGCAAGGUAUUGCAAAGCCGGCCAAAAAACGCUUUCAAUACAGAAUGAACAUCUGUACAAUUCUAAAUAUGCUUCAAGAACGGAGGGCACACAUAGCCAUUGGGGAAAUUUGAACGACAUCUGACACACCUGUUUUUAUUUAGUCUCUCUCAUUUCUUAAUUAAUCACACUGGUGCCAUUCAUGGGAAAUAAGUCUCAGAAUAGCCAAAAGCCAGGUGACAGGUAACAAUUAGUGUUGGCUUUCAAGUUGAAGUGGUCGCUACAGUUCUACGGAACGAUUUGCCCCUCGUCGCACUGUUCAGCAUGGGCGAACGUCAAGCCUAGGUGACAUGAAGGGACUUCUUUUAAGGAAGCGUGUAGAGAGUUGUCCACGUUAUGGAUGGUUGGCUACAGACUUAAUCCACUUGUGUUGGGGUUCACCCUCCCAAUAAAUAAGGGAGAGAAAAAAAGCACAUCAAAAAGAUAAGACUAAAAUGGGCAGCCUUUGCACUGCUCAGAGCUCAAUGUUGACUCUGCUGGGACAUGAACUUGGGCACCUUGAUUCCAUGUGUUCCAAGCACCAUCCGAUGUAAAAUAACUAGUUGUGUGUCGCAAUAGGUAUUACUGUAUGUAUGUCCCUGGAUGGAGAGUAGAAGACUUGUGCUAAAUAGUUCCAAACUGCCUGAUGUGACCUAUAACAUGCUUAAUGCCAUUUAUAAUCUAUUGUGAAUGUAAGCCAGCAGCUCUAAACCUUAAAAGAAGAGGGCUUCUCAUUGAACGCCAAUUAUUUAACAUGUUAUGUGCUGGUUAUAAACUGGGCUGUGGUGCAACGUAGCAUUGCCAUUGAAGUCCCGUGUAGCUCAGUUGGUAGAGCAUGGCCCUUGCAACACCAGGGUUGUGGGUUCGAUUCCCACGGGGGACCA